UUUUCAUUAUUAUUUUUAUUAAUAUAUCUCGGUGGUCUAAUCUUUCGCACGCCUUCUCACUCUAUCUCUCUCUCGCAAACUCGUUGGCCUUUUCCAUGUACAUCUUUCUCUAUCUCACGUUACACUCUUACUUUCGUACACAACUCUGCAGCCCACCACAUUUCGUCGCGCUAAUUACGACUACACGACUGGAACCGUCCGCGUCCAUACAGCUCGACAGACUCUUAACUCCUCGUAGUGCACUAGCCGAUAGUUUUUUUUUUUUACCAUCGUCCAUCGUCUCUCAAGUGUGCUCUCAUCUGUUGGUUUUUCGAUGCGUCGUUGUGUUUGAUUCAAAUUUUACGUGAAAUUUUUAUCUACUUGAAGUUUUGGUGUAGUGGACUUUUACCGAAGGUGUGCGCGUAAUCACGUUGUGAGUGUUGCGGAUCCGGAUAGUGCGAUGCUUGGAAGCCUUUCGGCAACCAGCGAUUUAAUUGUGUAUUUUGCCGAGGAAUUACCGUAUUGUCCGGCUAAUAGAAGACACUAGAAUCAAUAUGUGAUCCAGCAUCGAUCAUUAAUUCUCAAGAAAUGACAGAUUCCAAAUGGUGCCAUAUUAUGUGAUAUUAAAAUAUCAUCGUUUGUUGUUGGUGUUGCAAAUUUUGUACAUACUGCUACAAAGGAACAUCAGCGGCGUACUUGCUCAAUUACCUCCACCGCCGCCGUCAGCGCAUUCCAAAUUACACCUUUUACACCAAUGGAAAGUGGCGGAUUUCACGUUUCCCAGCCUGCAAGCGAGGGAUACUGCUCUACGCACUGGCAAAUAUAUUCCAGAAAAUUGUCUCAUUUUGGAUGUGGACGUUUGGCAAAACCCGCCAGAAGUUCGUGAAAAGAUAUUCGUCGUCGACAACAACAACAACAACAAUGGCCAUAAUAGUAAUAAUAUAUAUAAAAGUCCGGCUAAAAGAAGGGUUUUUGUAACGUUACCAAGAUUCAAAUCUGGAGUACCGGUCACCGUAGCCACAGUGACGAAUACCAAAAGAGGUGAUACCACUUUAUUGGCACCUUUUCCAAAUUGGUCGACGCAACGAGAAGACAACUGCGAGACUGGAAUCACAUCUGUGUACAGAACCAAGGUAGACAAAUGCGGAGUUCUAUGGAUCUUAGACUCGGGCAGAGUAGAAAACUUCAGUCCAAACCCCAGGAAGCUGUGUCCUCCAAAAGUACUAGCUUACGAUUUAAACAACGGAGAUAAAUUAAUCGGAAGAUACGAAAUACCACAAGAUGUUCUAGAUCCAGACUCGUUACUAGUUACCAUUGCGAUUGAUACCAGAGACACAUUAUGCACCGAUCCUUAUUUAUAUAUAGCCGAUGUAACUGCGUUCAAGUUGAUCGUUUACGAUGUGGAGAAAAAUCGAAGCUGGAGAAUAGGCAGCAAUUACUUUUACCCGUUUCCUUUGUAUGGGAAUUUCAACGUUGCUGGCACGACGUUCAAUUUAAUGGAUGGUAUUUUAGCUUUGGCACUAGGCCCAGUCCACAACGGAGACAGACGCUUGUACUUCCACAGUUUGGCCAGUGUAAGAGAAGGCUCAGUGCCCGCAUCUGUGAUACGUAACCAAAGUCUAUUCACCGAUGAUGCGGACUCAUCGUGGCAUCGUUUCAUCAUCUCCGAGUCAGCUCGUCCAUCUCAAAGUGCCAGCGAAGACAUGUCCAGCACAGGCAUCUUAUUUUUCGGUUUACUUUCGCAAAUGGCACUAGCUUGCUGGAACUCUCGAACACCAUUCACCCCGGAAAAUAUCCACAUAGCUCAACAAGAUAACGAAACACUCCAGUUCCCCAGCGGUAUAAAAAUCUUCGGCGACACCAUUUACAUAUUGACCAGCGAACUUCAAAACUUCAUCGCCGGUACCACUCGGGCCAACGAUGUGAAAUACCGUAUCCUAGUCGGCUCAGUCAGCGAUCUCGUCCGCGGAACCGGUUGCGAUCAAAGAAAGCACGUCGCGACAUCGACGAUCGACUACACAAACCCCAAAUGGAACGUGGACUUGAAAAAUUUCGAAGACGAAAUCUCACCUUUACAAUGGGAACCGAAGAAGGUAUCUCAUAAGCACGACUACUUUUGGAAACAACAACGUCACAAUAUCGAGCCAACAUUACCAAAGUUUCCCAGAUCUUAUAAAGUUGUUCCUCAACCGAAUCCUAUAUGGUGGUCCUACGACUGCAGAUUUUACUCGGGUAUACACGCGUUGUGUACAUUUUUAGGUCCUUCGCUAUUUGUUCAACGCAGUAGUCAUAUAAAUAAUAAGAAAUAAA